GUGUCUCCAUAGCAACCCCUCCAAAGAUUUCCUACUCCCCGCCCCCGCUCCCCUCGAGGCCACUUAGUGCGCAGGCCCGCCCGAUGACGCCAUCGGCUCCGGCGCCGGAAGUGAGCAGCGCGGCGCCGGAAGUGGCCGGCAGAGGCGGCCUCGUGGAAUAGACGGCAGCAUGGGGCAAUCGGGGAGGUCCCGGCACCAGAAGCGCGCGCGCGCCCAGGCGCGGCUCCGCAACCUCGAGGCUUACGCCGCGCAACCGCACUCGUUCGUGUUCACGCGGGGCAGUGCGGGUCGCAGCGUCCGGCAGCUCAGCCUGGACGUGCGUCGGGUCAUGGAGCCGCUCACCGCCACCCGUCUGCAGAUCCGUAAGAAGAACUCGCUGAAGGACUGUGUGGCAGUGGCUGGGCCCCUUGGGGUCACACACUUCCUGAUCCUAAGCAAAACAGAGACCAGUGUCUACUUUAAACUGAUGCGGCUCCCAGGAGGCCCCACUUUGACCUUCCAGAUCAACAAGUACACACUGGUGCGCGAUGUGGUCUCCUCGCUGCGCAGGCACCGCAUGCAUGAGCAGCAGUUUGCCCACCCUCCCCUCCUGGURCUCAACAACUUUGGACCUCACGGCAUGCAUGUGAAGCUUAUGGCCACCAUGUUCCAGAACCUGUUCCCCUCCAUCAACGUGCACAAGGUGAACCUGAACACCAUCAAGCGCUGCCUUCUCAUCAAUUACAACGCUGACUCCCAGGAGCUGGACUUCCGCCAUUAUAGCAUCAAAGUGGUUCCCGUGGGUGCAAGUCGGGGGAUGAAGAAGCUCCUGCAGGAAAAGUUCCCCAACAUGAGUCGCCUGCAGGACAUCAGUGAGCUGCUGGCCACAGGUGCAGGGCUUUCAGAAAGUGAGGCGGAGCCUGAUGGCGAACACAACAUUACUGAGCUACCCCAGGCCAUUGCAGGACGCGGCAACAUGCGGGCCCAGCAGAGCGCAGUGCGGCUCACAGAGAUUGGUCCCCGGAUGACGCUGCAGCUCAUUAAGAUCCAAGAGGGCGUCGGGGAGGGCAACGUGCUGUUCCACAGUUUCGUGCACAAGACGGAGGAGGAGCUGCAGGCCAUCCUGGCAGCCAAGGAGGAGAAGCUGCGGCUCAAGGCCCAGAGGCAGGAUCAGCAGAACCAGAAUGUCCAGCGCAAGCGGGAGCAGCGGGAGGCCCACAGGAAGAAGAGCCUGGCGGGCAUGAAGAGAGCUCGUGCUGAUGGGGACAGUGAUGCUGAGGACCCAGGGGUGCCCCCAGAGGCCGAGGGGGCUGGCCAGCAGGAGGAAGAAGAUGAAGCGGAAUAUUUCCGCCAGGCAGUGGGCGAGGAGCCUGAUGAGGACAUGUUCCCCAGGGUGACCAAGCGGAGACUGCACACCGGGCCUCCAGGCAAGAAGCAGCGGGUGAAGGAGCGGAGGCCUAACCGAGACAGGGGUCAGGACGGUGGCCGGAGGCCUCUGAAGCCCAAGAGUAGACCCACGGGAGUCCAGGGCAAGCAGGGGCACAGAGGGGCUGCCCGAGAGCGCAGCCGGGGAAGGCCACUGAAGAGAAGGGCUUGAGUCUGAGCCCAGUGAUGCAUGGAAUGCCCCAGAUUGGGGCCCAAAAGAGCUGCCCCUGUGCAGCCCUCGGUUUCCUUUCAUAAAGGAGUGGUAGCCCAACCCCCACCCCCACCCUCGCACGUCAAUAAAGACUGAACUUGG